AUGUAUCUAACAAACAUAUUUAUCACAUUAUUCUGCCUAUUCACAUCAUUGGUACACUGUAUACCAACAUCACCGAUUCCGCAAGGUGAGGAACUUUCCAUUAGAGAAGAGAUGGACCAGCUCGUUGAAUCACAUUGGGAUGCAAACGAUGCUAGUUUAUACUACGACUUGAUAGAAAUGUUUAGUGAUGAAGAUUCACUUCACAAGAGAGAAGAUGAUGAUGACAACCUUCAAAACACCAUCAACUAUGUUUUGGAAAAACUCAACUCAUCUGGAAUCAUUUGGGAGUUAUUGGAUGCAAUUGCUGACCAUCCCGAAAGAAUUGAGUACUUGGGUAACUUGACUUCAUCUUUGCUUGGAGGUAUGAAUAUCACAAUCGAUGUUGGUGCUAUCUUGAGUGGUGAUAGUGCUUUGUCUUCAUUAACUCAGUUCAUCAACAUUACUGCUAUCUACAAUGCAGUUAUGGAUAGCGGAUUAGUUACGUCAUUAGCUGACGGUCUUUUGUUGGAUGCUGAUUUCAGACCAAGAUUGGCUGAUAUUGUAAACAGAGUCGUCUGGUCACAAAGGGAUGUUUUGUUGUAUAUUUUUGGUUCAGUAUUCCAAAAGAGAGGUUACUUGUUCAAGAGAGCUGAAGUUGACAACCAAGAUAUCAGUGUUUGGCUGAGCUUGCUCAAAGCUGCUGAAGGCGAGGUGUCUGGAUCAGCAACAGCUGCCACCACUUCAGCAUCUGCAAACCCAUCCUCAUUCUCGAUCGACACAAAUGUCUUGUCAUCAAUAUUGAACUUGAAUUCUCAAAUUGCACAAACUCAAUCAUCAACUUCAACUUCUCAAAGAGCAACUUCGUCGGCAUCAAGAGCAACUUCUUCAGCAUCAAGAUCAACCAAUUCAGCUUUAGUUUCAUCUGCAUCAUCUGCUUUAUCUGCUUUGGCUUCGGCAUCCACUACUAGAUCAGCUUCACCAAACUCAAACACUACUUCGUCAUCACGCUCGGUUGCAACAACCACAUCUUCACGUUCAACUUCAGUAAGCUCAAGUGAAUAUAGUGGAAGCUUGGGAGGCUUUGUUGAAAAUGCAGCCGGAGCUGUUUUGGGAUCAAACCUUGUUGGUACUGUUGCAACUGAUGUUUUGAAUGCCUUGAAUGACACCGGAUUUGCUGUUUACUUUGUCAAGAGAUUUUUGUCCGAUGAUGCAUAUGUCAAUAUGACGGCAGCACUUGCCAAUGACUUGUUGUCUGCUGGUACCAUCAACAUUGACUUGAGUGGAGUAAAUGUCACUAGUCUUGUUGACCAAGUAUUGGGUGAUCCUUCAACACUUAUCGGAACCGUCAGCACCUUAUUAAGUGGUAACGCCAGUGCACUUUCCGGUACCUUGGGUAAGUACUCGGGUGCUAUUCAAUCCUUGAUUGGUGAUAUUGAAGCUACCGGUUUGUUUGCUAGAUUGAACAGUUAUAUCUUUGGUGAUUCAAGCAGUAGCACCUCAGCUACUCAAACAUCAGCUAGAGCUACUUCCUCUAGUGCUAGAAGAGAAGUUGUUUCUGCAAGUGCCACAACUACUACUUCCAAGCCAGCCAUUGGAAAAGAUGUCAAGACCAGCGGUGUUGCCAGUCUGUCAGCUACCAACAGUGCUGUUUCUCGUUCGUCAAACAGCUCCAAUGAUGCUUCAGGUUUGUCUGGUAACGGGUUCGUCAUGAAGACGUUGUUCUUUACUCAAGCUGUCAUGUUCAUUGGUGUAUUCGCUUUGUAA